AAAUAUAAAUGAUUUGAUUACAUUGAUUUUUCAUUCAUUUCAAUUAGAAAAUUUUUUAUUAUUAUUCCAUGUGAUUUUUAGCUGGCUUGCCUGGCUUGCUUGCUUGAUUUCGAUUUAGAUUUGUUCAGUGUUGAACGAGUUUCAUCAUUUCAUUUUAUUUGAAUGUUUUUCUUUUUUUGUUGUUAGAAUUGGAAUGAAUUUUUCAAUGUGAUUCUUUCCGAAAGGAUUCCCCUUCAUCUUCGAUCUCUAUUCUCGUUUCGUUUCGUUUUUCCAAUUGUAUCGAUUAACAUUGCAUUUCAUCAUUUGACAGAAAACACUGACACUUGUUGAAUAGCCAAAAAAAUAUUCUGUUUGUUUCAACAAGUGAAAAAUUUCAGUAUAAAAUUGCUACAAAAAGUAUUUUUUUCCCCAAAAAAGAAAGAAUCAUUUUAUUCAGAACAGAACAAAAAAUGCAAGCCGCAGCUUGUCUAAAUUCAACAUUAAUCUGUUUGCUACAUAAUCAUCAUCAUUUGAAUCAUUCAUCAUUGUUUUCAAAAUUUGCUACAAAUGUAGCGAAUUCAAACGGAUCGACAAUUAUACCUGCAUCAACAACAACAACAAGUUCACAUCAACAUAAACCGCAACAUUCAAAUCCAUCAUCAUCAUCGCAACAACCCUUGAAUAAAAUGUCUGGCGGAAUUCGUCGUACGGUUAGUGGCGGUAGUUCAACUGCUGCUGCAACAAAUCAUCAUUCAACAGCCGCAGCAAAUCUUGCUGGUCGUAAUAAUAUAACAUCAUCGACAUCGACAUUAUCAUCUUCCAAAAAUGUUAAUAAUACUCAAUCAUCACCAACAUCAUCGACAACGAUAAUAACCAAUCAUUAUACGAAAACUAAUGGUGGUGGUAGUCAUAAUCAUCAAAAAUCAUCUGAUUUACAUAAAAAAUUGGAUCGAAGUUAUAGUGAACCGGCUGAAAAACAACAAAAGCAAAAUGCUUUAGCAUCUCAACAAUCGCAACAACAACAACAACAACAAUCAUCAUCAAGAUAUAAAACAGAAUUAUGUAGAAGUUUUGCUGAAGUUGGUCAUUGUAAAUAUGGUGAUAAAUGUCAAUUUGCACAUGGUGAUGAAGAAUUACGUACAAUAACAAGACAUCCAAAAUUUAAAACAGAAAAUUGUAAAAGUUUUCAUUCAACUGGUUUCUGUCCAUAUGGACCAAGAUGUCAUUUUAUUCAUAAUAGUGAUGAAUCAAAGAAAAGUUUAACAUCAUUAUCAACGAUAAUUGGUAGUGGUUCAAAUUCUCAACAACAGCAACGUUUAUUUGAUCCAUUACCAAUUGGAACGAUGAUUACUACAAAUAAUCAUAAUCAUCAACAAUUAAUUCAAUCACAUUCAAGUGGUCCAAGUUUUGGCAAUGGUGGUGGUUUAUCGUUGAUUUCAAAUCAAUUAUCAUCAUUAGGUUCGACAAAUAUUAAUUCAAAUAUGAAUAUUAUUGGUGUUGGUGUUAAUGGAUCAAAUCUUGUACGACCAAAAGCAUUAUCAUUAGGUAGCUAUAGUCUUGGAUCAUCGGGUGAAAUAUCAUCACCAAGUAGCCAAAGUGGUAGUCCAACAUCAUUGAAUAGUUUUUUUAGUGAAGAAACUGCAUUUUCAUUAACAAAUCAAUUGAAUGGAUUACAAUCAAAUAAUUCAAGAUUAUCAUCAUCAAACAAUUAUACAACAUUAAGCUCAAAAACAUUUUCAUUUUCACCAGACAGUGCAUUCGAAGCUUUUAAUCCCAAUAGUAACAAUAAUCAUCAUCAAAAUGUUGCCACCAAUUUAAAUAAUUUUGUUAACGGAAAUCAACAACAACAGAAAACAUCAUCAUCAAUUUUUAUUGAUAAUAAUAAUCAUGGUGGAUGUAAUUCAAAUUUUUCAUCACCAGAACCAUUUUGUUCAAUUACAAAUCAUAAUAAUAAUAAUGCCAUUGAUCAAACAACAACAAAUAGUGUUAUUUCACAAUUGUUUGGUGUUGGUAGUGGUGGUGGUGGUAGUUCUUCUUGUGAUGGAUCAUCAUUUGAUGAUGAUAAUCAUCAUUUAUUUGAUAUGAUUAGUGGAAUGUCAACAACAACAACAACAUUUAAUGAUCAUCAAAAAUCAUCAUCAAUUUGGAUUGGAAAUUCAUCACAACAACAACAACAAAUGUUAUUCUAUCCAUCAUCACCCGAAUCGCCUGUCGAUAGUGUUUCAUCGGAAAUUGAAGCUUUAAAAUUGGGUGAACAACAACAUCAGCAACAACAUUUACCACCAUUAUUAUCAUCAUCAUCAUCACCAUUACAAAAACAACAUCCACCACUAGCAUCAUCAUCAUCAAUGAUGACGUCAAUUGAUUUUAGUCCAAUAUCGAGUUCAUUUUCAACGACAACAACAUCUUCAAUGUCAUCCGCAUCAUCAUCAUCAUCAAAUUCAUCAUCACCACCAAAUAGCAGUGGUUAUAAUAAUUGUUCAUUCGAUACAUUUACAUUUUUAACAAAUAAUAAUGUUGGUCAACAUCAAUUAUCAUCAAACCAACAACAAAAAUCACCAACAUUGAAUCAUCAACAUCAACAAACUUCGGGUAUCCUAUGUGGUGGUAAUGGUGGUAGUUGUUCAUCAAACAUUCCUCGUUUACCAACAUUUACAAAAAUCGUUUCGGCCACCAAUAACAAAUAAACUUUUGGCCAAUUUGAACGAUGAACAAAAAAAUAACGAAAAAAAAAUCUCAAGAAAAAAAUUUAACACCAAAGUAUCAUUCAUCAAUCAUAUCUCAUAUAAAAUAAAC